AUGAUUAUCUUUUCAAUUCCCUUUGCCAUAUUACAAGUUUAUUUUCUAAUCAGUGCCAAUUGGAUCAAAGAUGCCUAUCGUCAAACACUAGAACAACUUAUCCUACUUUUUUUUAAUGUCUUCUUGACUGUACUUUAUGCGGAUUCAUUUUAUUGCUAUUGUGCAGCUUCAAAACGUUACAGAAUACAAGUUUUGAAUGCUUUAAAAUACUUAUUUGCAUGUGAAAACCAAAGAAGAAAUCGUGUCGUGCCAGUUGGAGAAUCUCUGCAUUUGACAGCAACACUUCAACAGCAAGGAACAACUGUUCAUUGA